AUGGCGGCGGCGGCUUUCCGUCGUUGCUCACUCUUUGGACACGCAGGUCUCGUUCCGAUGCGACGACUGGCCCCAGAGGGUUGCAGAAUCACGACUGCCCCAGCCUCGGUGGCGCGGUGGCAGGCGAAGCGUUGGGAUGUCCAGGCCUUUCCGAUUCCUAGCGGUCGCAGCUUCAGUGCAGUCUCCUCCGAUGACAUGGAGCUGCUGAAGCGCAGGAAGAGGCUCACCUGGCGCGCCAAGAGCCGGGGAUGGUUGGAGCUAGAUGUGCUCAUGGGAACCUUCGUGGAGAAGCACAUUGCAGACUUUGACAGCGGGAAGCUGGACUUGCUCGAGGAGGUCUUGGAGCUGGAGAAUCCGGACCUCUUCAAGUGGUUCACCAAACAGGUGCCGGUGCCAGAAGAGCUUUUGAAAGAAAACGAGGUCAUGCAGCUGAUGAUGGAGUACGUCAAGAGCGACCACACAAGUGACUUCAGUGUCAAAGGAGCAUGA